GCUUUGCAGCGGAAGUAGAUUAUGCGCGUGCGCAUUGGCUUCCGCCUUCUCGAUUGUUCGGUUGUAUGACAGGAGCGCAGUGAGAGUUUCUGCUUUUCAUCUCUAAAAGGCUCGUAACUUGGCUGCAGCCAUGGUGUGCAUCCCCUGCAUUGUCAUCCCAGUUCUGUUGUGGGUCUACAAGAGGUUUCUGGAGCCCAUUCUCUACCCUUUCAUCUCACCCAUCAUCAAUACAUUCUGGACCAAAAAAGCAGUGCAGGAAUCCAGCACAGGUGACACAGCUGUCAGUGAGAAUUGUAACGGGACAUCCAAGGAGCUCAACCACAAUGGAGACAUCACUGCCAAUGGAUCCACUGUAGCAGGCGAUAAGAAGACAGACUGAUCAUUCUGGUUGUAAAUUGUUCUACAGCAAAACUAAUAAAACUGUAAAUAUUUUUA